AUGUCGCAGCUACACAAGGAGGUCACCGCGAGAGCUGCUACUUCGACCGCGGCCCUCACGAGCCCUGGAACCUUGGACUCUCCAAGUUCUAACGCCGACACCGCUCCUGUUGAUGCCUCUUCCCCAAACCGGCCUACCGCUCCUCGUGGCUGCACUUGCGCCUCCAAGUGCAACGCGGUCUUUGCAGAUUAUGAGCGCCCUAAGGUGAUUGACUUCACCAAUGCUCCUCCCAUCUCCAAGGCAGAAGAAGAGUCGGGGCCUUCCAAACCAGAUGAGCCAUCUCAAUCAUCAUCAUCGUCAUCGUCAUCGUCGUCAGAGCCCGCGCCAUGCCUCAACUUGCCAGAGUACACCGACGACGCGCCGUGGGUCUACGAGGCGUGCAAAGACCCGACAAGGUGCAGCAGCCACUGCUCCAGAGCCCAUGCAGACUCAAUCGUCAUCGCGCUGCACGGCGAGAAGUGCCUCGACGGCAAGCUGCGCUACUCGCUCUACUUUGGCCGCGACAACCCCUACAACAGUGUCUUUGAGCUCAACGACCUCAAGCCUGGCGUCAGUAACACCGUACUCGCCUCCCUCGACGCCGCCAUCAAGGCCCUCUACCUCUUCAAAGAGGUUCGGAUCCAUGCCCCCGGCUUCCACCCCUUCCACUCGCCGCACUACACCAAGAUCGCCGUCAACGCCCUGAGCAUGGCGGUCGACCCCUUGCGCAUCUCAUCGCGCCUGCCCUACAGCAACACGCCCGGCGCGCUGGACAUUGCCGAGGACAAGAAUAAGCAGGCUGCCAAGGCGUGCUGCAAGUGCGCCUGCGACCCGGAGUGGUGCAUCUGGUGCCGGCCGAAGCGCCUGAUCGUCAAGACCGACUCGGCCGUGCUCGUCGAGAUAAUCACGGAUCGCGUGACCAAGUGGGUGCGCAGCGGCUUCACGCCAAUGCCAAAGCUAUCGAACGCGUUCCAGGUCGUGUACGACCUGCUGGGCCAGAUCCUGUACGAGUUCUGGCACAACAAGUGCGCGCUCGAGUUCUGGCUCGUCGACGCCGAGGAGCACAACUCGAUGGCCGUGGGCAUGACGCGCGCAGCUUCGAUGGUGGACAAGGUCAGGGGCAGUGUUGCAGAGGCGGCCAAAGACGCCAAGACCUGA